AUGCAGUCUAGUACAGCAAUGGUUCACUUGCCUCAAACAUUUCUAUCAUAUCCCUUGUAUAUUGGGGUUGAGAUCGCCCUCGGUGUGGUGGUCUUAAACAAAUUUAGUGGAAUGUACGGUAUCCUGGCACUUUUCACUGGACAUCCUUUAGAUUUGAUGCAAUGGAUAUUCUACAUCUGGUCAGUGUUCUGUCUUGUAGUAUUCAUCGCUGGGCUCAAGCAAGUAUACAAGCCCACCUUACUUACAAUGUCAACAGUGACAUUUAUAUUCACUGUAGACACAUUUAUUGGCUGUUUGUACUGUUUGUGGUUUACUGCUAUUUGGUUUAGUCAAGAGGAGCCAGUAAAGCCUUUGAAAAGUGCCGGAUCUCCAUUGGGACCUGCCCAUGAAAACAAACUUGCAACGCAAAAAGGUACAUCUCUAAACAACAAUGCUAGCCAGAGUGCAUCUGCCGGGUAUGAAUUUUUAUUUAUCAUGCUAUUGACUUUGAUUCCACAGGCUAUUAGGUUCUAUUUCAACUUCAUUAUCAUUGCAUUCGAACAACAAUUGCUACAUAGCGGGAAGUUUACUUUUGAUCAGAACGACAUUGAAGUCAAUUUACACAAUAGAAAUGUGCUUUUCAGAUGGAAAUACAACUUUGAAAAAUGGUGCUACUACUUAUGUAGAAGAUACCUUUAG